AUGCCGAUUUACCAAAGGUUCUCGCCUAGUGAAGAUAAAAAGCUCAUUAAUCUAGUUAAUAUUUAUGGAGAUAAUAAUUGGAAAGCUAUUGCUGAAAAAAUGAAAAAUCGAUCUGUUAGACAAGUCAAAGAAAGAUAUACUCUAUUCUUGUCUCCCAAAAUAAAUACUAAUAUAUGGACCGAUGAAGAAGAUGAAUUGCUGAUUAAACUUGUAAAAGAGCACGAAUCACAUUGGAUUUACAUUUCUUCAUAUUUUCAUGGAAGAAAUGAUGUACAGAUUAAAAAUAGAUACAGAAAAUUAAUGAAAAAGAAGCAUCGCACUCAAGAUGUAAACAAUGUUUUGAAUAUUGAAAAGAAGCCACCUCAAUCUUCACAAAAUAUAGCCCCGGUAGAUAGCAACAAACAGGCUGUUAACUGCAUACUAGACCAUGGAGAGCAAGAUUCAAGAUCUUCAAUUUUGUCCAGGAAUAUUGAAGAAAACGGCAUACUUGAUUAUUUCUUUAAUUGUGAUAUGUUUAACUGUCCUGAUUUGUGGGAUCAAAUAACUUUUUAA